UGCAGGAGGGCGCGGGGAGCUGGAGGUAACAGAGUGCGCGAGAGCCCGAGUGCAAGGGAAGCCUAUCACGGAGGCACGGCUAAAGACAACAUUUGCAAAAUGCCGAAUAAAACAAAAAAAGAUAAGGAACCCACCAAAUCUGCAAAAAGCAGCACAAAGAACAGUAAUGCUGGAGGCGGAAAGGAUGCUGGCACUGAAAAUUCAGAAGAGGCCCAGCAGACUGCCAGCAAGCGUCCGAGCAAUAGCACUCCUCCACCUACUCAGCUCAACAAAAUCAAGUACUCAGGUGGGCCACAGAUCGUAAAGAAGGAGCGCAGACAGAGCUCAUCACGAUUCAACCUCAGCAAGAACCGGGAGCUGCAGAAACUCCCUGCACUCAAAGAUGCCCCGCCCAUCGACCGAGAAGAAUUGUUUGUCCAGAAGCUGCGGCAGUGCUGCGUGCUUUUCGACUUUGUGACCGAUCCACUGAGCGAUCUCAAGUACAAGGAGGUGAAGCGAGCCGGCCUCAACGAAAUGGUGGAGUACAUCACACACAACCGCGAUGUGGUCACGGAGUCCAUCUAUCCUGAAGCUGUCAUAAUGUUUUCUGUAAACCUGUUCAGGACUCUGCCACCCUCCUCCAACCCAACAGGAGCUGAGUUUGACCCUGAGGAGGAUGAACCUACCCUGGAGGCAGCUUGGCCUCACCUGCAGCUGGUAUAUGAAUUCUUCUUACGGUUCCUGGAGUCACCGGACUUCCAGCCUAAUAUUGCCAAAAAAUACAUUGACCAAAAGUUUGUAAUGUCGCUUCUGGAGCUUUUUGACAGUGAAGAUCCAAGAGAACGGGACUUCCUGAAGACCAUCCUGCACAGGAUCUAUGGAAAGUUCUUAGGGCUGAGAGCUUACAUCCGUAGGCAGAUAAACAACAUAUUCUACAGGUUUAUAUACGAGACGGAGCAUCACAAUGGAAUUGCUGAGCUCUUAGAAAUCUUAGGAAGCAUAAUCAAUGGCUUUGCCCUGCCACUGAAAGAAGAGCACAAAAUGUUCCUCAUCAGAGUGCUACUGCCUUUACACAAAGUCAAGUCUCUUAGCGUCCAUCACCCACAGCUGGCCUACUGUGUGGUGCAGUUUUUGGAAAAGGACAGCAGCCUCACUGAGCCGGUGAUCAUGGGUCUGCUGAAGUUCUGGCCCAAGACCCACAGUCCUAAGGAAGUGAUGUUUCUGAAUGAGCUGGAGGAAAUCCUGGAUGUCAUCGAACCCUCAGAAUUUGUUAAAGUUAUGGAGCCCCUGUUUAGACAACUGGCCAAGUGUGUAUCAAGUCCACACUUUCAGGUUGCUGAAAGAGCAUUGUAUUACUGGAACAACGAGUACAUCAUGAGCUUGAUCAGUGACAACGCUGCCAAGAUACUGCCUAUCAUGUUCCCCGCUCUCUACAAGAACUCCAAGAGUCACUGGAACAAGACAAUUCACGGGCUUAUCUACAAUGCUUUGAAGCUCUUUAUGGAGAUGAACCAGAAACUAUUUGAUGACUGCACUCAGCAAUACAAGGCUGAGAAGCAAAAAGAGAAGUAUAAGCUGAAGGAGCGGGAAGAGAUGUGGCAUAAAAUUGAGGCGCUGGCGAAACAGAACCCUCAGAGUACAAAGGUCCAGCUUCGACCCGGUCUGACCCAAGAGGAGUAUAUGAUGUAUAAUGAAAGUCCUGGAGGGAUGCCCCCGUAUUCAAUGGAGACGGAGACCCCUACCGCUGAGGACAUUCAACUUCUGAAGAAGACUGUUGAGUCAGAAGCCUCACAGGGAAUGAAAGACCUCAAGAAAGACAAGGUGUUGAUGAGGAGAAAGUCUGAGCUGCCACAGGACGUGUAUACUAUAAAAGCUCUGGAAGUUCACAAGCGAGCAGAAGAGUACCUGACGGCCAACCAGGAAGCCCUCUGACCGGGGAGCAACGCCACCCUCCACCACACCUAAACUGUCCCUCUCGUCUUGGUCCAAAAUUGUUGCCUGCUGUAACCCACCCCUCUAUUCCUUGGCCUCUUUCCAUCCUCUCUUCCUCCCUUACUGUCUGCAACAAUUCAGCCCACAGAGCAGUGGAGAGCUCCCAUGCACGCUGUCCCACCGAAAUGCGCACACACAAACACUUUCCAGAGUUCAUUCGUCCCGAUCUUCACACAUUGACAGCAACAUUUGGAUUGUUAGAAAGAGACGAGGUUUACAAAUUAUCAAAGUAUGCUCAUUUGUGUCUUUGUUUUUAUUUUCCUCCACUUUGUGUCUCCAGGCAUUUGUCCGCAUGUUCUUAUCCCAUUUGUUCUGCUGCUUGAGCGCUCCUACCGUGUGCCAUUCACUGCCUCUGGAAAUGUAUUCAUUCUCUCUGACGUGUUUGGCACGAAGGGGGCCACACGUAACUAAAUGAAUCAUGUUACUGAAGAUAAAUGAAGCUCAGAACGGAGGCGGUGACCCUGUGCUGGAUCUCCUGCUCCUGUGUGGGCCGCUCUUUCAUAACAGACCGAGUGGUUUUGCUAAGCAUAGGGAGUUUUGCCAAAUGAGAAUGACAAUCUUUUUCUGUCAUGGAGUAAACAAAUGACAGAAACGGUUUUCUUAGAAAAGAGGUGUUUUUGUAUCACAGAUGCGAAUUGAAGAUAGUUUCCCCAAAAGCGAUCACAGAAUUACAAAGGGGAGGCCUGAUUUACUGUCUUGGCUUUAGUUGUCAAGACCUUUAAAUUAUUUGUGGGACCCAAGACCAUGCCCAUACAGAAGGAUGGAGAGGCUAAAGCUUUUGACAUGGUUCAUUUGCUGUUUUGUGGAAGCGUUCACCAGCAUAAUGAAAACGGCCAUUAUUCCCGACUGCACUUUUGUCUUUAUCCUCACUUUAUUUUUAAGCGAUACCUCUUAAACAAAUACCCAUGAACAUCCCAUUGAAAACAGCUUUGCUUCCAUAUUUGAGCCUUUACAAAAGUGCUUUAUCCACCCAAGCAAAUGUUUUUUUUUUUCAAAAAGAAUAUUAAGUCCUGUUAGGAGCAGGAUUGUGUAGCGCUUGGUCAUACACUUAUGAAAGAGAUACUCGCUUACCUGUCCAGGCUUAAUAUAUGGAAAACCACAGCCUGAUGUUACCAUUGCAAAUACUUGUGUAUGUAUAUUGUCAUGUAUAUUGCUUAUGAUUGCACCCUGGCCCACCCUCCGAUAUCCCCCCUUUGCAUCCACAUUUUUUUAUUUUGUUUGCUUGUAUGACUCCAUCCUGAUGCAUGAUGGCCCUCUCUGUUGUUAAGGUCUUUGUCUCACGAUGUCAUUUACUCCCAUCAUUCCAAUAGUGAGGGAACAUAAACGCCUCCAACAGACUAGACAACACUUUUUGCACAAUCCCAUCGUUAUCCGCCCUGACUUCCACGCAGCUACACUUCUCCCAUCACUCAAACGUGUGCGUACACCUUGACUUGUGCAUUUACAAUCUACAGUAUGCAUCGCAGAUGUGUAGACUUUAAAUCAUUAGCUGUUUGAUGUGUAACGUGACAGACUAUCAGCAGACAGGAAUGACUUUGCAAUCGAGAGCAUGAAUUGCCAACCCUACCUGCCUCUUAAAUGACCGGAACAUUCCAAGAACAAUCAGAGGCGACUUCACUCUUGAACCCUUCCUAUCUCAAAUUCAGAGGGACGAGAUGUCGACCCGACUGGC